AUGGUGAAAGAGAAAAAAGGGACGCGUGGACAAUCUACGGUUCAGGCUCCGUAUGAAAAAGGAAAGCGCGUUAAUCAUACCAAGGAUAAAUUUAAUGAUAGUUCUAAGAAGGAUCUCCGCACAAGUCACCGAGUAAUUAAUCGUGGUGUUAUAACGCUGGACAAAUUUCAUAGAGAUAUUUUAAAGUCGGUUAAAGAUUGUGAAUUUGAAAUCGAACGGAUAUCAGGUGGAUGCUUGACCAGAUUGCCGGGGGUUUUCUCAGCAGAUUCGAAAUACUUUUUUUGUGCUUGUUCAAACACCAUCAAAGUUUAUAAUGUAGCAACCGGCGAUGUGGUCAAAAUAAUAUCAGAAUCUCCAGAAAGAAAUGGUCAUAAAGAUGAAAUUACUUGCAUAAUUUUAAAUCCGGCUGAUUCAUCGCAAUUGUAUUCUGCUUCUCUGGAUGGCACAGUGAAAAAAUGGGACUAUAUUAAUUCGGAUUUACUCGAGGCAAUUUUCAACUCCUAG